GCAGGUGGAACGCCGCUGUCCGCUCCCUAUUGCCGACAGUGCGCGGUGCUGCAGGCGCACACACCCCCGUCUCCUCCCAAGUGCGACAGGAUGCGGCCGGCCCUGCUCUAGGAGACCGCGUCGCGCCUACACCAGUUACCCCGUCGCCUCGACAGCGCGCAUCCCGUCUGCACACGAAAUUUCAGUCACCUUUCCCCGUUUGACACCUUUUCCGCCGAUUCUCAGCCAUGUCGAAGCCGGAGAAGCUGAUCAUCAUGUCGUCCGACGAGGAGGAAUUGGACGAGUAGGCAGCCGCGGGUCUUACGUCUCGUCCCGUGUUGUGUCGUGUGUGGAAGCGCGUCCGAAUCGCGAUGGCUGCGACCAGGGUCGUGGGCUCUAUGGCGGGAUUCGCGGGCAGCGCCGCGGCCAACGGCUUCACGCCCGAAAAGCGACAGCAACCGCAGCAGCAGGAGGAGGAAGAAGACGGCACGAGGUAUCCUGAUGGAUCGGUCCGCCUUAGAAACCCACACAUUGAACUUAUGGACCAGGACAUUCUGUACCAUAUUGCUCUUGGUAGCGAGUCGCAUGACCUGGUCUCGAUGUUUGGGGACGUGAAGUUUGUGUGUAUGGGUGGAACGCCAAAGCGCAUGGAGCAGUUUGCGUUCUACAUCAUGAACGAGAUCGGGCACAAGCUGCCGACGGGCACGACCCUGCAGGACAUCAGCCAGUAUUCGUACCGGUACUCCAUGUACAAAGUGGGGCCUGUGCUUGCUGUCAGUCACGGCAUGGGCAUCCCUUCAGUCGGCAUUCUGCUGCACGAGAUGAUAAAGCUGAUGUACCACGCUAAAGUGCGAGACCCAGUAUUUUUCCGCAUUGGCACCUGUGGCGGUAUCGGUGUCGAGGGUGGCACGGUCAUCAUAUCGGAAGACGCAGUCGAUGGCAUGCUCAGACCUGUUUUGGAACUGCCUGUUCUAGGGAAAAUGAUACAGCGACCAGCAAGACUGGACAAGAAACUGGUGUCCCACCUCAAGAGCAUGGCUGACCCCGAUGACCCGUAUGACACAAUCACAGGCAGAACAAUGUGCACUUAUGACUUCUAUGAAGGUCAAGGCAGACUGGACGGUGCCUUCUGUGACUUCACAGAAAAGGACAAGAUGGACUUCCUGAGUCGAAUCCAUAAGGCAGGAGUUGUUAACAUCGAGAUGGAAUCUCUCUCCUUCGCUGCCCUCACUCAUCACGCCGGGAUCAAGGCAGCGGUCAUAUGUGUCGCCCUCAUGGACAGAUUCAAGGGUGAUCAGGUGCUGGCUCCAAAGGAAGUUCUUGACGAAUGGCAGUUGCGACCACAGAAGCUGGUGACCCGCUUCAUCAAGAAAUACCUGACAAUGAAGGGUCGACUGUCACUCGAGGGGUUUGGAGGGUCCAUAUGUGUGAAGAGCCCCCGCCGCUUCAAGCUGGUGCAGCAGGAGUCUGAGAAUUAUGACUAGUUGCUGUCAGUCGAUCAGAGUCCCGUCUGUGGCUGCAGCACAAAACACGUGGCGCAGGAAUCUUCCUCCGCUUCUGGAAUGACUCGACGGGGCUACAUUCUGGAUCGGAGGGGAUAACAUUCCGGCUGCAGCUGAAUUCUUGCAGGACUGACAUCAGAGAAAAAAAUAAAAGUAAAAAUAAAAAUGCAGCAUCCUUUUUGUGGAUGUUUUGCUUUUUAAUUCCAAAGAUUUAUGUUCAUUCGAUAGUGGCGUAUUUUAUUUUCUUGAAACUGGACAGAGAACAGUAAGUGAAGUGUGAGCCUGAAUCUUGUGGUCACAUGUGCUGUUAGGCUUAGGGAAAAAUGUUUGUGUUUGUUUGUAGCGGUCAUCUGACUUAUUUAUAUGCCAUUGUUUAAUGUGUAGUGUAGACUGUAGGAUAACUAUAAAAAAUAUGAGACAAGUAAGAUGUUAAUGCUUUCCUUUAAAAGGCUGUGUUUCAAAACUGGGUGAUUGUUUUAGACUAGUGCAUAAUUUCACUUUUUAUACUGUUAUCUGCAUGGUGUACAGUAGUCCGUAUAUUACUGUCACCGUGUGUUCAGUGCGAGAUGAGCUACAGCAUUCCCACUCAUUUAUAUGAGGAGUUUCAUAAGUUGGUGUUAAAUAAAGUUGUUUGUUGUUUGUCAUAUGUUGUUGUAAAGUAGUAUUUGCAAGCUAGAUGCUUAUAGGAUUUACACUUCUUGUUAAAACUGGAGAGUAUUAAUGUUACAAUAGGUAACAAAAAAAACUGUGGCUCAUGAGAUAUCUGUGUGUGCUCUGGUGUAUGCAAUUUCUCUGGAUGACAUUAUAUAAAACUGCCAUAUACAUGCAGAGAUGUACUAAAUGCCUUAAAUCUGCUCACUGGUGCACAAUAAGCCCAGGGUCAAUUGCCAGAGUGAUCAAAAAAUAAAUCUUUUGUUUUUAUCAACCCCAGUUGUUCUAAUGGUUUCUAAUUGUACAGCAUUUUUAUAUGUGCAAGUGCAUUAUUUAGAGACUGAAAAAAUGUAUUUAUUAGAUUUGUUCGAAAUGUGUAAAUUUUGUGUCAUGAAGGAUGUAAAUAGACAGUUUCAGUAUUUAAACCUGUGAAGAAAUAGAAAGAAAGAAAUUAGUUAUUUGUACUUAGUGACACGAAUAUGCUGCUUGGUUGAUAGUCCACUUGUGUCUUGAAUUAAUAAGCUCCUUUUUGUAAAUGGCAAUUACCAGAAUAUAUGGGAAAAAACAAAUUUCUUUGAAAUCUAAAGAAAAUAUUGUCUCCAUUUAUCAUUUCUGUUUGUAGUUUACAGCUCUGUGUCAGAAGUAAUUGAAAAUAUGCAUAUCCUAAAAAAAUGUGAGUCCUGUCCUCUGAUUUCAUUUGCUCUCAGCUGCAGCACAUAUUAGGAAAAGUACCUCCAUUUUCCAAACAUGCUUUCUGCUACUCUAGAGAUGUAUCAGUUAAAUUACUGCCCAUAAAACAGCUUAAGACCAUGUUUGAGAAUCUUGUGGACACAAUUUUCAAUUUUGUCACUAUUCUGACAUUUUAGGACUAUUAGUAGGUACUCAGAUACGAACAGAUAAAACUAGUUGCGAUAGUGGUGAAAGUGUCAAAUAAGAAACACGACCUCCAAGUAUUACUUAGGUUGGUGUUUACCUAUAGAAAAAUAUGAUUUUAUUUUGUUCCACCUAAGUACAGAUGUGCAUAGGUGUUGCCAGAUUCCAAUUUUGUUUACUUACAAGAGAAUAUCACCAAUUUGACCUCAUAUUUUAGAGAGAAAAAAAGCACACUUGCAAGGUAUCAGCCCAUCGGUCGAUUCCACAUGAAAAUUAGGCCCUUAAUUUGUAUAGCACUCAGUUACGACCUGACUGUGCAGCUUUUAAAGAUUCAUGCACACCCGUUGUUUCACACUCAUUCGAUCUCACUGCAACCGUACAAUGCCCAAGAGUGAAGUACUACACAGCGGACUGACAGCAAGACUCACACUUUUAGCACUCUGAACAAAGCACACAUCAAUGUCGCAACAGUAUUUCAUUGGAUGUUGAAAGUGCUCUGAUUGGUCACUGUGCAACUGCUUCGAUACCAAACCUACUGAAAGACCUGCACAAUAGUGGUGCACAUAACUACCUGUAAAGCAGAGACUACAUUUGAAGAAACUUGUUACGCUGGUCAUAGUUAACAUCAGUGCAGAGUUGUUGGUAAACCUACGGACAAAAUCUUCAAUAUGCGAAAGCUACAUACAUCCAGUGGGUGAAAAUAUCUUGUUCCACACAGUGGUAAUGUCAGUACAGAAACUGCAGUAUCUUUAGUUCAGUGCUCUUAAUUCAUUGCUGUACUACUGUAAUUUGUUCAUUGCCAUUAUGAAUGCAAACCUCUUAACUCACUCCACUGUACAGUACUUGAGCAUUAAGUAGCUGCAGGUCAGCUGCUUACAAUCGAAAUUAUGGCCCAAAUUUUUCCGUGGGCCUGAUUGCUGGGGCAGAUAUCUUGCAGGUGUGUUUUCUUUCUUGCCAAAAUAUGAGGCAAAGUUGCUGUUGUUCCCUUGCAAGCAGAGGAAAAUUAUGGCAUUUAUUUGAUUCAACCAGACUUUGACUUAUGAUUAAGUGGAAUUAUUGUUUUAUGAAAGUAACAAAACUACAGUCACCUGAGCGCAAUGUAUUUUGCUGUCAAUUUCUCUUCAGCUGCCCCAGUGAUAUUGAUUAAAUUAUAUUGUCUGAUACCCCCCACCCCUUUUAAAAAAUUGUUUCAUUAUGUCAUUACGUUCAUGUUUAUAGUCUAUUGAUCCACUGGUUUCAUUGUUCCAGCAACAGUAAAGAACAUUUCACCUCCACACUUGAUUCCACAUUGCAAACCAAGAGUCAAAAGAAUCUGGCCCCAUUUCAAAAACGUUGUAUUGCUCAGUGUAAUCUAUUAUUUAUCACGGGGGCAUCUAAAGAUAGCACAAAAAUUAUAAAAAUGAGUGACUGAAAGAGGAAAGUAUAGUUUUGUAAAUGCCAUUAUUUAAAUUACAUCCAAACAUAAGAUUAGCAAGUUUACAGCUUUGAUUACAUUUGUUAUUUUUU